UCAGGAAAUGUGCCGGUGCACGUACGGAGCGAGCAAACGGGGAAGUGACACGUUUUCUGUUUGUGAGGCAAAGAUGGCAGAGAGCAGCCCCAUAGUACGUUCUGCAUGUGUAUCUGCCGUGAGCAUGGAGGCUAUCUCAGCUCUGACGGAGCUGGAUGAUCUGGAGCGGGUCUAUCAGCAGCUCUGCACCGAGGAGAAAAAGGUGGAGACUGAGCUGGAGAAAUUGGUUGUGCAGCAGGGGAACAUUGACACCAAGAUGCUCGCUCUUCAAAGGAUGGGGCCCAACCUGCAGCUGAUAGGAGGAGAUGCCAGUCAGCUGUCUGGCAUGAUUACAUUCACGUGCAGCCUGGCAGAGAAUGUCAGCAGCAAAGUCCGCCAGCUAGACCUGGCAAAGACCCGGCUUUAUAAGGUUAUCCAGCGGGCUGAUGACAUCCUGGACCUGAAGUUCUGCACAGACGGCGUUCAGACGGCGCUACACAAUGAGGACUACGAACAGGCUGCUGCCCACAUCCACCGCUACCUUUCUCUUGACCAAUCAGUCAUUGAGCUAAGCCGCCAGGGAGAAGAGAGCAGUGCUGUGGACGCUAGCCUGGCCAUGCUUCAAGAGGCAGAGCAGCGAUUGAAAGUCCUGGUUGCGGAGAGACUGGAUGAGGCUAUUACCAGGGGUGAUCUAGCUCAGGUGGAAAGAUUCUUUAAAAUCUUCCCUCUGCUUGGCCUCCACGAUCAAGGCCUGGCUCGCUUUGGCCAGUACCUCUGCAGCCAGCUGGCCUCUAAAGCAGAUGAGAACCUGCUCUUGGCUGUGGGAGGAGAGCUGGGAGAGAGGAGAGCUGCUCUGGUCUUUGCUGACACCCUGACUCUGCUGCUGGAGGGCAUAGCUCGUGUUGUGGAGACCCACCAGCCCAUCGUAGAGACGUACUACGGUCCAGGCUACCUGUAUACUCUCAUCACUCACCUGCAGCAGGAGUGUGACCGACAGGCCCAGAAAGUAGUUGACAAGUUCAUCCAACAGAGAGACUACCACAACAAGUUUCAAAUCGUCCAGAGCAGCAUGAUGAAGAGUGUGCCCACUGAGAGGAUUGAACCCAGGGAGCUGGAUCCUGUAUUACUGGAAGUCACUCUGAUGAAUGCCAGGUCGGAGCUUUACUUAAGAUUCCUGCGCCGUCGCAUGAUGGCCGACUUUGAGGUUGGGGAUGCUAUGGCAACACCUGGCAUCGUCCAAGAGCACAAGCAUAAUGUGGAGAAACUGCUGAAACACUGCAUGCUGGGCCAGCUCAUGCAGGAGCUGAUUGGCUACUACAUUCCAAUGGAGGAGUACUACAUGAGGGAGACCGUCAGCAAGGCUGUAGCUAUGGAUACAUAUGAGAAGGGUCAGCUAACAUCUAGCAUGGUGGAUGACUGUUUCUACAUUGUGAAGAAGUGCAUCAGCAGAGCCCUGUCCAGCUCCAGCAUUGACUGCCUGUGUGCCAUGAUCAACCACUCAACCUCAGUUCUAGAGUCUGACUUCAGGGAGGUGUUGUAUAAUAAGCUGAGGCAGGGCUUCCCUGCGACCACGCUGCAGGACAUCCAGCGUGGGGUGAGCAGUGCAGUGAGUCUGAUGCAGAGCAGCCUGCAGCAGGGCAAGUUCAACAACCUGGGUAUCGACAGCGCAGAGGUCGCCAAGGCUGCCUUCCUGGUGACUCUGAAUAACGUGGAGGUGUGUAGCGAGAACAUCACCACUCUGAAGAGGAACCUGGAGAGUGAUUGCUCCAAGUUGUUCACUCAGGGGGCGGGAUCAGGAGAGCAAGCUAAGAUUGACAGCUGUCUGUCAGACCUCGUCAACACAUCCAGCAAGUUCAAGGAUCUCUUGCAGGAGGGCCUGACAGAGCUGAACACCACAGCCAUCAAGCCUCAGGUCAAACCGUGGAUCAGCAGCUUCCUGUCCAUCUCACACAACAUAGAGGAGGAGGAGUUUAAUGAGUACGAGGCCAACGACCCAUGGGUCCAGCAGCUCAUCGUCAACCUCGAGCAGCUCAUGGCAGAGUUCAAGGUAACCAUGGUUCUGCUUAGCCUCAGAAAUAAAUAUCUUACAUUAGCAUUUUACAAGCUAUUUAUUUUCUCUUCUCCCCCUCUUUAUAAUCUCUCUGUCUUGUUCUCUCAGGCGGGGCUCUCUUCAGUUAUCUACGACACACUGACCAGCCUCAUGACCAGUUUGGUCUCCAUGGAGAUGGAGAAGACCGUCCUGAAGUGCACUUUCAGCAGGCUGGGAGGGCUUCAGUUUGAUAAGGAGCUGCGUUCUCUGGUGGCCUAUCUCACUACUGUCACCACCUGGACUAUUAGGGACAAGUUUGCUCGGCUCACUCAGAUGGCCACCAUCCUCAACCUGGAGCGGGUAACAGAGAUCCUGGAUUACUGGGGUCCGAACUCUGGUCCUCUAACGUGGCGUCUGACCCCAGCGGAGGUCCGGCAGGUUCUGGCGCUCCGCAUCGAUUUCCGCAGUGAGGACAUCAAGAGGCUCCGCCUCUAACUCUGCUACCUAGAGACUGUGCUGGUGCACAUGUUACAUGUUACAUGGGACUAGACUCAUGCUGAUUGGUCUUUGAGGAAAAAGAGGAGUGUGCAGGUGGAUCCCCUGAGAGGAAGUCCCUGCUGCUUCUGACCUCUGCUGGCUUCAUAGGAGGAGGAAGAGGUUGCCCCUAACUACAGAUACAGGGAUAGAUAUUUGUUUAACCCCCAAAUGGUUGCAGUUAGGUUUGAGGGUAGGGAGAUCUGAUCCUAGAUCUGUAGUUAAUGCUACUUCUAAUUCUAGCGGCCUCAUACCACCAAUCAGAGCUAGGAGUAACAGCAGUAAUGGAACUAUGGGAUUGUGGAACAGUGGGAUUAUGGAUUUGAGCCUUUUGGCUUGGAUUAGUAAAUAUUAUGUAACAUAUUAAAUGUAAAAUAUUAAAGUGUUCUCUCAAA